CGCCGCCUCACUUCCGUCGCGGGGCCGGAAGUGACGUUGCGGGAGGCGGGACAGGAAGGUGGCUGGCGAUGGCGGCACAUUUGACUCCGCGGUUCAGGAGGAUUCACAGCCAGAGCGAGCUGGGCGCGCGGCGGCGGCGCGGAGGCACCAGCUCACCUUGGGGAGGGGGCAGCAUGCAGACCCCUGUGGUCCGCCUCCCUAGGGGUCAGACCUGUUGGCCGCUUCUGGGGUGCAGCGCGGAGCCAGGACAAGAGGUAGUGGUCCUUUUCAAGCAACUCGGUUAUGGAAUGGUAUUAUUCAUGCUCUUCAAAGCCAGGUGGAAAUAAAAAGAAGACGACAUCAUCUAAGGACGUACAGAAACUGCUUUACUGGCUCCAAUGCUGUUGAUGUGGUGCUGAGCUAUCUUAUGCACAGUAUGUACCUAAGUAGUAAUGAUCUUUCUCGACUGAAAGGAGUCCGUCUCUGCCAGGCUCUGAUGGAUCACAAGGUUUUUGAACCAGUUGGACCAAAACUAUUCAAGAAUGAGAGAGAGCUAGAGUUUGAAGACACAAGUAAUAGUCUUUAUAGAUUUCUGGACAGCCAUCUUUCUCCUCUUUUACUGAAACAGAACGGAUAUAUUGAGAAUUUGUCCUCUGACAAAAUUCUUGAACUUAAGACGAAAAAACUUUCACGAGCAAAAUGUGAAACAAUUUCAAAUCCCUUAGCACUAGAAGCUGUUGAUAAAAGGAUAGAGGAACUUCUGCAAACUAUAAAUGUACAUCCAUCUUUACCUUUAAAGAACAUAGUUAAUGAACCAGUCUGUCUACUUUCAAAAGAAGUUAUAGAUGAUGUCUGGAAACAACAGACUCUGUUACGGCUACUGCAGUUAAUUGAUCUUCCAGUCCUGGAAAAUAUUUUGGAGUUUCCAGACAAGAGGAAAAAUGAUCAUCUUGGCAAAGAGGAAGAUCUGAUUAUCUCAAAUACUUUCCUUGACAGAGAGGUCACGUGCAGCCUAAAUUUGCCUGAGCUUGACAAAUGGCUUUUUGCAGCAAUUGAAUGCUUGGAGUAUUUUCCAGACCAGCUAAUAGUGAUGGUUGGUCAGCAGUUACUUCAAAUCAGUAAUGAACCAAGUCACUUGAAUAUGCACAAGAAGAUACUUUUUGAUGUGAUAGCAAAAUAUUAUAAUCAAGUGAGAGACCCCCUUUUCAGCAAUCAUGAUCUUGAUAUUCAUUCAGGAAUUGUUGAACUUAUAGAGAAUGGAAAAACAGCACAAGCCCUGGAGGCAUCGCAGCUUUACUUAAGAUUACUAGUGCCAAACAUCCGAGAAGAACUGCGUAGGCUACUGAUGUUUAUGACUGUUGCGUCAGAACCUGGGGGCUACAAGUUACAAAAACAAUUUGAUAAUAGAUCAGUGAUCAUCAAGACUUUUACCAAGGCCAUUUUACAAAAUAAAGGAUUGUCAAAAACACAGACUGAACAGCUAAUCCAGUUACUGACGAUGAAUCAUACUGAACUCUUCAAGACCCCUUUAAUUCUGUUGGAACUAAUUAGCAAUAAACUUACGAGCUUGCUGGAAGGACAAGAUCCUGAUGCCAGUUCAGGCUUCACCUUUUGUCAGCGUUUGACUCCUGAAGAAUUUGAAGACCAAAAGCAACAAACAAGGCACCAUCUUCUGGAGUUGAUUCAAGAGAUGGACAGUAAUCCCACCAUUUCUCUUAAGCAGAAAAAGAAGCUAUUCAAAGAAUUCCAAAAGCAUCAUUCUGUAGCACUGUUGUAGUGAUUUUGACACCGAAUGCGGUUUUGCACUGUAGCAGAAUGUUGUAAAUGAGCCUCGUCAACUAUCGUUUUUAUAAUGCUGAUAUGCUUAUGAAGAGGACUCCUUUUCAUAAGCAUUCAUUGUUAAAGGGUUGUAUUUUUUUGAACGACCCUAGUAUUAGACAUUGUUUUUUCUACAGUAGGUAAGAAUGCUGGGCCUCUAUUGCUGCUCUAAGUUUAGGGUCUGGUGACAUUUCUAUUGUGAAAGUUGUCUAGGUUUUAUAGUCUGGCUGAAAUUCUGCAUUCAAAGCACUUUUACUCUGACCUAAGUUAGAGUUACUAAAUUUCUGGAUAUUUUAAAAUUUUGUAUGUCUUUAGUUCAUAAGUUUAGUCUAGUUCUAGGACUUAUCUACAUGGUGAGUUGGUGUGCAUACAGUGCAUUAGUUGGGGAGUAUGUCAAAGUGGACUAUGGAACUUUUAAUGCACCGUAGCAGCAUCCAAAUGGAAAACUAGUGUGCAGCAAUCUAGUGUGCUGUAUGU